GGAGUUACUAGCGUCCAAGCGUAAAGAUAGGGUGCUAGACCAGACGGUGAGUUAGGAUAGGAUGGGCAUGGCUAUCAAAUAAUAGCCUCAGGUAACUAGUGGAAAUGCCUUGCGACCGGUCGGCAAGAACAGGAACGUCGUAGGUAUAGGUAAUCAUCAUUGUGUGGGUGGUGCGAUACACUCUGACGGGCGUUCGGGAGAGGCAAGGGACGUGGGCCAAUGAGAGCGGUCGGAAAGCCAGACUAGCCUAGCCCGUCCGGGUACUCGACUUCCACCUCAAACCACAGUCGAACAUCGUCUGUCUCUUCCAUCGCGACUCUCGAUCACCUCCCCCCUCUAUCCUUCACGCUUCAAUUGCCCUCGACCCUGAGGAAUUGGCUCUCUCGCUUCCAAGAGAGUCGUUUUUUAUCCCCAAUUCAUUUUUAAUCGCCCACCGGCCCCCUCCACACACAAUGUUCCUUCCCUCCGUCGCUCGGGCUGCUACUCGCAGCUCGGCCAUGCCCACCACUGCCAUUCGUUCCUACCGCACUAUUUCUAGCCCCAUGGCUUGCCUCAAUGCCCGCCCUCAGGCUGAGAAGAAGUCUAUUGCUUCCCAGCAGACCCGCGCCUCUUCCGAGCACGCCAUUGCCAAUCCCACACUCGCCGGUAUCGAGAAGCGCUGGGAGGCCAUGCCCCCCCAGGAGCAGGCUGAUCUGUGGAUGCAGCUGAGGGACCGUAUGAAGGUCGACUGGCACCAGAUGACCCUUCAGGAGAAGAAGGCUGGUAUGUUUUUGCAGUUAAUUGCGAUUGGUUUAUGUUCCAAGGUUGCAUCAGAAUUUUGCUAACGACCGCUCGCUCUCUCUUUUCUUUUUUUUUUUCUUUUUUUUUGAAUUUGAUAGCCUACUGGAUUGCUUUCGGACCUCACGGCCCCCGUGCCCUCCCUCCCAAGGGUGAGAACCUGAAGAUCUUUAUCAAGGUCGCUCAGCUCGU